GCUCUCUGGACCGCUUUAUUCAGCCUCACAACUUUAACGUGUUUUCAUUGGUCCCUUGAGGAUGCGGCCACAGCUGAUUGGACAGAAGUUUCUCCUCGACUUCAAACACCCCCACCCCUCAGAUAUUCGUGGUCCGAUGUUACUGUGAUUCCAGUUGUUUUCACAUCAUCUCACCAACAAAGACAGCCGGAGCUUCCGUCUCGUUCAUCUCACAUUAAAUGGUGAAUGAUGCGCAAGUAACCGUUUGACGCUCCUGUGAGGCGACAACGACAACCUGAAGAGCAGAGAAACACUUUGCUCUCAAGUAGAAACACCAGAAGACACUUCCAGAACUUUGGACAGACUCAGUCUAACUUGGACGCAAACAUGGUGUCUGCCGGACUGGAGAUCUUGGGGCUGUCGCUGUGCGUCAUCGGUUCGCUCCUGGUGAUGGUCGCGUGCGGGCUGCCCAUGUGGAAGGUGACGGCUUACAUCGAAGCCAACAUCGUGGUGGCUCAGACGAUCUGGGACGGUUUGUGGAUGUCGUGUGUGGUUCAGAGCACGGGGCAGAUGCAGUGCAAGGUGCACGACUCCGUCCUCGCACUCAGCCGCGACCUCCAGGCGGCCAGGGCGCUCACCAUCAUCUCGUCGGUGAUGGGCGUGCUGGGGCUCAUGGUGGUGGUCGCGGGAGCGCAGUGCACCAACUGCAUCCGCACUGAGUACGUCAAAGCCCGGGUGGUGAACGCCGGCGGGGUCAUCUACAUCAUCAGCGGUCUGUUCGUGCUCGUGCCUCUCUGUUGGAUGGCCAACAACAUUAUCUCGGACUUCUACAAUCCGCAGGUGCCCGCGUCCCAGAAGAGGGAGAUCGGCGCGGCGCUCUACAUCGGCUGGGCGGCCACGGCGCUGCUGCUGAUCGGCGGAGCGCUGCUGUGCUGCUCCUGUCCCUCCAGCGGCAACUCGGGAUAUUCGGUCAAAUAUGCACCGACCAAGAGAGCAACGCAGAACGGGGACUAUGACAAGAGGAAUUAUGUGUAACUAUCAUAUGCGGUGCGUAAAAGUGACCAGAAACUUUUUCAAAAGUGUUCUCUUUGUGUUUUUAUGACGGAUGUUAUCUUUGCACCUGCAGUUUUUUUUUUUUUCCCCCAUCUGAACUUUGAAAAUCAGUGGAGGCAUCUGUGCUGUGUUUAGCCUUUAUAUAGGCCCAGGCCUUCCCUUGGACCGCAAAUUCACAAAGCCUUCUUUGUACAUACAGGAGAUUUGAAAAAAGAAAAAAAAAAAAGAAAAACGAAACAGACUAUCAACAAGAGGUAGCUCACGACAAAAAGGAGUAUUUUUGUUUGGUACCUUUUGUAAGUCACCGAAAUUGAUAUUAGUGUCUUGAAUUGUUUACCUACCGUUGUAACUGUAACGUUUUUCAUUUUUAGAGGAACUGUUGCCACCGAAUAUGUACACUGUUUGUUUUUUUUUUUGUUUGUUUGUUUUGUUUUGUUUUGUUUUUUGGCUUGUGCAUGGUCAGCACAAAGUUGUACAGUAAAAGAUUGCACUCCCACACGUUCAGAGACCUAUUUCCUCUGUGGAACUACGCCGACAUGUUGAGGACGCCAACAAUGUCCAACAGCAACAAAAACAACAGGAAGACAAGUGCACACAUGGUCAAGCAGAAGCCGUUCUCAAACAAACUGCUUUGUUGAGUUGUGUAAGUCAAGUUCGAGACUGAUGAUGUUUUACUGUCUAAAUUCUGGAUCUGUUGAUCAGUGCAUUCUGAAAUGUUUGGCUUACAGUCCGUUAUUCGCCUGCACUGUGCACCUGCAGGGCUCUUAUUUCUGCAGGUAGUCUCUUGGGUUUUUUUCCACAACCUUUAGGAAUAAACUUUGUUUCUGUUGAAUGUUGAUGUAAUGAUUCAUUAUUCACGUGUAUGAAGAUGCAAUACUGUCUCAUUUAAUUAAGAUUAAACUGAAUAUAUUGUCU